AUGAAGCCCAUUCUUACGCCAGCAUUGCUCGCAGCGAUUCGAAAGCAACCAGGUCUACCACGUAAUACAUGGUACUUUAUCACUGCUACCACUCUAUCAGCUCUCAAUAGGCCGGACGAACUGCCAGAGGUUUUCAAGAAUGCCGUAGGGGAGGGUUCAGGCACUACUGGGAACGGUGUUCCGAGCCGGGACGAUCAGUUGCGCAUCUCUAGACGUCUCAGAGAAGCCCUCUUGAAAGCUUCGGCCGUCGGAGGCAUGCCCAAGUCGAUUAAUGCUCUAAUGUCCCUCAAGUCUGCAACCCCUGAAGACCUACUGGACGAACCAGAAAUGGGCACAUCUCCCAGGCAUAGGGACAUACACGAUACUGCACCAGCACAAGUGCUCGAGCGAGGACAAGCCUUCUUCGAAACCAUAUAUGGCAAGAUUUCCAGACGUAUAAUGGGCCAACUAGACCGGUCAGGAGCACCAGACUUGGGCUUGCUGGCGAGGUUGACAUAUGGGUAUGUCCUCAGCAACACUGAUGUGCUUACACCAGCCGAAACUUCAUUCGUACUCAUUGCUAGUCUCAUCCCCCAAGAUGUGAACCCUCAACUAAAGGGACAUUUGCGGGGUGCACUCAAUGGAGGUGCCAGUGUAGAUGAAGUGAGAGCCGUGAGAGACGUAGUUAUCAAGAUUUGCGAAGCUUCAGGAAUGAAGAAACUAGAGGAGGAUGCCAUUGGGGGAUGGGGUUGGAGAAGUGAAGUUGCGAAUGUGUAG